UCAAAAUAAAUCAUUUUGCGACAGUCGUAUUUUGUCAUAAGGUAAACAAGAUGGCGUCUGGUAGCGGUUCCAACAACAAUAGUAAGAAUGACUUCCGCCGGAAGUGGGACAAAGAUGAGUACGAACAGAUGGCCCAGAGGCGGCUUGACGAAGAGCGAGAUAAGAAAGAUGGGAAACUGGUGCCCCCAGUCAAGCGGGAACUCCUGCGCCACCGAGACUACAAGGUGGACCUGGAGUCCAAGCUGGGGAAGACCAUCGUCAUCACCAAGACCACGCCACAGGCGGAGAUGGGAGGGUACUACUGUAAUGUGUGUGACUGCGUGGUGAAGGACUCAAUCAACUUCCUCGACCACAUCAACGGAAAGAAGCACCAGAGGAACCUGGGCAUGUCCAUGCGGGUGGAGCGCUCCUCCCUGGACCAAGUGAAGAAGCGCUUUGAGGCCAACAAGAAGAAGAUGGAGGAGAAGCAGAAGGAGUACGACUUUGAGGAGCGCAUGAAGGAGCUUCGAGAGGAGGAGGAGAAAGCCAAGGCCUACAAGAAGGAGAAGAUGAGGGAGAGGAAGAGGAGGGCCGACGACGACGUGGACUUUGAGGAGGACGACGAGAUGGCGGCUGUCAUGGGCUUCUCCGGGUUCGGUGCCGCUAAGAAGGCGCACUGAUUCAGCCCCCCCUAAAGACUUCCCCACUGGGUUCCCCAAUGGGACCAGUGGCUUCGCGUCUUUUGGUUUCUGUCUACCGCUCACUGUGGCUGGUGUGGGCCCCCGUGUUCUGCAGCCAGUGUUUUAUCUGUAUGUGAAGCAUGAUUACCGGUUGCUUUCCAAAAUGUCUGGUAGGUUCUUGUAUGUGGAUGGCUGUGAGGAACGUUUAUUAGCGAAGUACCAAAUGUCUAGGUUUAUUCGAACAUGAUCGAGUUGUUUUUUGUUUUGUUCUUAUGGAUAGGAUCAGCUAUCUUGUGCGGUCCAAGGUCGGUGUGUAAGUUAAUUUGAUGGCGAGGCUCUUGUCUGACGCUGGCUCAAUGCCCACAUCAGUUUCAUCAUGACAGAUGUUGACCUUUGACCUCGGAGAGACCCCGUCGCCCUUUUUGUAGUUAAUUUGUCCAUCGCACGUCCACUCGUCACUCAUUGUAGUGACUUCUAUGUACACCGAUCUGCAUUUAAACUCGAGGGGCUGAUGUCAAAGCGUCCCUCUCGGCUUGUUCGCCUGCAGGCUGUCUGAGGGGGCGGGGCCUGUGCUGCCGCCCUUGCACGCG